UGCAUCAAAAUUCAACUUGUGGUGCUGCUGAAAAUAUUGGAACUGCUACAAAAACUAAUGGCAUAAUGCAUGAACCUGUACGUGAUGAUAGACCCAAUGCAUUUAGUAACAACAUCUCAUCUGUUCUCUCUUGCAUACAAACAACAGUUGAUAUUCUUUCUCAAAGCAGAAAAAUUGAUGUUCCUCCUAAUAUUUACUUGGAGUCACGUUCUGCAAUGGGUGAUGCAUCUGUUUCGUCAUUUAGUAGUGUGGAGUCUAACACACAACCUCUUAAUGAACCUCUUCUGGAUGCUGACACUACUUCAUUUGGAUUUCUUGGGGAGAUGCCUCAAAAUUUUGGUUUCUCAGACAUAACUGCUAAUUUCACUAAUAGUUCUG